AUGGAGCAGUUUGAAUCGCUGCUGACGUGCUGUGUGUGUCUUGACCGGUUCAGAAAUCCAAAAUUGCUGCCAUGUCAACACAGUUUCUGUAUGGAACCAUGCAUGGAUGGGCUCGUAGACUACGUCAGACGACAGGUUAAAUGCCCAGAAUGUCGGGCGGAACAUCGAAUCCCCUAUCAAGGGGUACAAGGAUUUCCAACAAACGUUACACUACAAAGAUUUUUAGAACUGCACGCCCAAAUUGCUGGAGAGUUGCCAGAUCCUACAGCUGGUCAAGUAAUGGAAAGAUGUAAUGUAUGUUCUGAAAAAGCAUACUGUGCGCCGUGUGCUCAUUGUGACAAAAAAGUUUGCGAUGACUGUAAGUCAGCUCACAUGGAAGUUCUUCGCAGAGAAAUCGCAAGAAUUAAUAAUCAAAUCCGCCGAGGUGUAAACAGACUCCAAGAUAUUUUAAGUAUUGUAGAACGUAAUACAACCAACCUUCAAACAAACUGUGCUGCAGUAGCUGGAGAAAUCGAUGAAAUUCAUAAGCGGUUAUCUAAAGCCUUAAAAGAUAGGACUGAUUUCCUCAGAAAUGAGGUUGAUCGAUAUUUAGCUACUGAAUUAAGAAAUUUAACUCAUCUCAAAGAUAACUUAGAAUUAGAAUUAAGUAAUAUUCAAAGUAACUGUGAUCUUGCUGAUAAAUACAUGAACGAUGAUGUAGAAUGGGAAGAUACAGAACUAGUAGACACGAAAGAAAUAUUCCUUAAAACUGUAGAGUUCCUUAGAAACUUUGAUUAUGAAGCUGGUGACUAUAACCGUAGAGUUAGAUUUAUUAUGACCCAUGAUCCAAAUCAGCUUGUACUUCAUGUAGCUAGUUACGGCGAAUUAAACAUAUCCCAACCUAAUGCGUAUUCUAAUAGCUUGCAGCCAUCUCAAGGGUUAACUAGAUCUAAAAGUGAUCAUCGUCUAGCAACACAGUUUCGUCAACAAGAAGAGGCAAAAGGAUAUGUGGAAAAUGAUGAGCCAGUUUUAGGUGGCCGUAAGUUCGGUGAGAGGCGACCUCCUCCACCAGAAAGGCAUACUAGAGAAUACGGAACGACAGAUGAUUAUAGUGGGUAUGAAUCUGAACACAGACCAUCCCGCAGGUUCCGUUCACGUUUUGUAAGAAGUCAUCAACAAGAUAAUGAUUCUGAUACCGAGCAAAUCAGCAGAGUGGUUAAAUCUGAACAUAAAGAAAAAGAAAAAGAAAAAGUUACGGAUACAGAAGAUGCGACGCGUGGUCCUCUCAGUGGCAUUUUUAGACUGAGUGACUGUCCUCGUGUAAUGCAAAGAAUUUUAGAUGUAGAUAGCGUAAAAAAGAAAGAGAAGAAAGAACCACCACCUCCACCAAAACCUGUACAGCCAACACCGCAGCCUCAAAGACGUCCGCCAACCCAAAGGCAGCAGAGUGAAGAUGAUGAAAUAUCAAGACUAAAAAGGCAAAAUAAAGGAGCUGCUUCCUCUCAAGAACCAGAUCGACCAACACAACGUAACAAUGAAGAAGAAAGAAAUUCAAUCACUCGAAAACCACCGACACCAGCUCGGGAGGCAUCCAGCGAUGGUGAAUCUGAUGAGUCUGUUGGUUCUUUACAACGUACACAGCGGAAGAAUUCUACUACUAUUCCUAAAUCAACCGUUGUAACAAGAAGACCAUCAAAUACAGAAACUCCAAGUGCUCAUCGCCCAGCUGCCCGUGCUCCUAGCACUGAUUCGAGUGCUUCUACGGAAAGUUCUGGAUCGGCAGUAAAACAUACAGGCAGCGAGAGAACGACACCGUCAACGACGAAUGGAACAGCCAGCGGUGCCCAACGCGUUCAAAGUCGGUUCAUUGGCGCUCAGCGUCCUACGCCAGCUCCAGCUCCUGCUGAACCAGCUCACGAAGAUACCGAUACAAGCUCAGAGGAGGAGACCGACUCAUCAGAGGAGAGUGAAGAGGAGCCUGUAACGCAAAGGAAACCCGAGAGUCAGGCAAUGGCCCGCAGUGAUAUAGGCCCACUUCUUGCACGUAGUACAAAUGCUCGUAACGAUGCUCUAGAUAAUAAAUCUAAAGAGACUCCCACGCAAUCCCGUUACCGAUCACGCCAACCAUCUCAAACUGAAGAAGAACCUUCAACUAGAUAUGGUGCUAGUGGUUCUUCAUAUAGUCGUUACGGCAGUAAACCCAAAGAAGAUGAAAUGACAUCUUCAAUAGACGAUGAUACUAAAUAUCCUACAGCUCGAUCGCGAUACCUCGCUCUUAAAGAGCGUCGCAAUCGUUUAGCAAGAAGCAAAAGCAGUCACACUGGCUUUGGAGUAGGGGACGAUGAGGAACUAGAUGAUCCCGUGUCUCCAACUACAGCAUCACCGUCAGCUUAUCUUGCGGCUCGAUACGGCUCUGGCACAGGAGGCUCAGAACUGUCUCGUAGCCGUUCUUCUCACGCUCUAAAAUCAAGGGAAAGUUCUCCAGAACGACCGGUAUCUGGUGAAAAAGAUGGUGCAGCUUUAAGUUCCUGGGCCAGAUAUUUAAAGAAUAAAUAUGGAUCACGAGGUAAAGAUCGUGAUUCAGGUGGAACAUCUUCUAGUACUGCUCGUCGUCUGUCUCUCGGGCUGCCCUUGCGUUCAGCCAACGAGCUUGCCAGUUCUGAUGACGAUUCAAAAAACGCGGCAGGCUCCCCCAUCUCCCCUACGGCGGCUACAGCAGCGGUAGCAGGUUUCGCAGCAGCAGGUUCCUCCCCUAGGAGCCAAUAUCUGCAGAAACGCCGUUUAUUAUUCAGCGUGGGGAGUCGGGGGAGCGAACCCGGUUGUUUUACAUGGCCUCGAGGUAUCGCUGUUGGUCCUGACAAUACCAUGGUCGUGGCUGACUCAUCUAAUCAUCGAGUUCAGGUGUUUGAUAUGAAUGGCAUAUUCAUAAAGGAGUUCGGACAGUAUGGUAGUGGUGAAGGAGAAUUUGACUGUCUUGCUGGCGUCGCAGUAAACCGGAUCGGGCAAUACAUCAUAGCAGAUAGAUAUAAUCAUCGCAUACAAGUAUUUGAUCCCGCUGGACGGUUUUUAAGAUCGUUCGGUAGUCAGGGGACAGGAGAUGGCAAAUUCAAUUACCCAUGGGGUAUAACUACAGAUGCUCUCGGAUUUAUAUAUGUUUGUGACAAGGAGAACCAUAGAGUACAGGUAUUCCAAUCUGAUGGCACGUUUGUGGGUAAAUUUGGCUCUUUCGGCUCCAAACUGGGCCAGUUGGAACAUCCGCAUUAUAUUGCCGUCUCCAGCACUAACCGCGUGCUAGUAUCUGACUCCAACAAUCAUAGGAUCCAAGUUUUCGAUGUCAACGGAAGAGUGCUCUCAUCAUUCGGUGAAGAAGGUUCUGAAGAUGGACAAUUCAAAUUCCCAAGGGGCGUAGCGGUUGAUGACCAAGGCUACAUUGUCAGUGCAAGUUUUUUAAGAUUAACGGAACUGCUUUAA